GUUUGCUGCAAGGAGGGCAGAUCCAUGAGGAGUGAAUGGAUCAGUGCACUAAUGCAGGAAAAACUCUUCGUGGAAACCCUUCUUCUAUCUCCGUGAGAGAAGCACUACAUGCCUGUUAUGUUCUACUGUGGAGGCUAGAGCGUUUUGCCAAGAGAAGGGAAAAAGCAGCGGACUUCGAGUCGGGACACUCCUUCGUUUGAGUUGCCUGUAACGUUAGCUCGUCCGGGCACAGUUUCCAAUCUGCUUUGAGCAUCGGAGAAGGGUUCAGCCAAGCAGGACAACUGUCGGCAAGAUGCAGAGGGUUUCGGCAACAACUGACCUCUCUCCCUCCUCUCUACAGUACCAGUGUGGAUCGGUGGACUUCCUGUGUUCCCCACGGCUGGGAAAGAAAGCCCCGCCCCCUCCCAGACCAUGUCACGGCCGGCCUGCAGUCAAGCCCCACCCCCAGCCUACCGCCACACCCACCUCUCAGAAACCUCAAGUGCCGCCUAAGCCCCUGCACCUGCUGGCCCUCGGACAGGACAAGAAGCCCAAGAGGAUCCCCCCGGCCCCCUCCAGGCCGCUGCCUGCUCCCCCAACUUCGCCCAAGCCGCGGCCCAGCCAGAUCCCCCCUGGCCUGGCCACACUGCCUCAAAGAGAAGCCCAGAACGUGGGGCUACUCAUCGAGAGGUUUGAGAAGUCCAGGAUUCCGAUUCUUGGCGUCCCCCCGAAGAAUCAGCUCCACCUGUGCCUGAGUAUGGACGCCAUGUCUGAGACCACACCCCCCUCUGCCCCUGACCCCACAGCACACUCCCCUUCAGGGUCAGCACGAGCAAAGGAUUCUGGGAAACGCUCCCCCGCCGACAAACUUGCACAUAUCGUCUCGGAGCGGAUUGAUGAGGUCACAGAGCUGAUAGAACUCUCACACCUGGCCUCACUCCGCAUCGACGGCCACGAGGACAUUCCUCUGGACUCAAUGGAGGACCACCUCGACAUCGCCCAUGGUGAUGGAGUUGGUUCCCUUGACGAUGCGGAGCGGGAGGAGAGAGGCUCUUCCCAUGAGCUCCAGGACAAUCCGGACUCUCUCUCCUCGGAGCAGAACUUAAAUGGGAAGAUUCCCAACAGGGACAGCGGGAUUGACAGCCCAUCGUGUGCGGUGGAGGGUGAGGUGUUCCCCAACGAGGACGCCAUCGACGAGGAAGAGCGCUAUGACAGCGUCACGGAGACGGAGACCAGUGUGUCCUGCUGCAUAACCCUGGACAACAAGCGUGACUCCACACAGGACGAGGACAGUGACCUGGAUGAGGUCAGCAGUGGGGAGAUGGAGGGAGGAGAGAAGACAGACACACACAGGUGCUCAGAGACCCAGAGGUUACUGAACAUCGCCAGAGAGCUCCUUCACACUGAGGAGGCCUACGUCAAGAGACUCAACCUCCUGGACCAGGUAUUUUGCACUAAGCUGACAGAAGCUGGAAUCCCUCAGGAGGUGAUAACAGGGAUCUUCUCCAACAUCUCCUCCAUCUACUGCUUCCACCACAAGUUUCUUCUCCCUGAGCUCAAGACACGCAUCACUGGAGAAUGGGACUCAAACCCGCGUAUAGGAGACAUCCUCCAGAAGCUGGCUCCCUUUAUGAAGAUGUACGGCGAGUACGUGAAGAACUUUGACCGUGCUAUGGACCUGGUCAGCACCUGGAGCCAACGGUCAUCACAUUUCAAGAGUGUGGUCCAGAAUAUACAAAAGCAGGAUGUGUGUGGGAACCUGACUCUCCAGCACCACAUGUUGGAGCCUGUUCAGAGGAUCCCUCGCUAUGAACUCCUGCUCAAGGACUAUCUGAAGAAACUGCCUGACGAUGCACUGGACAGGAAAGACACAGAGAAGGCAUUGGAGCUCAUAUCCACAGCAGCCAACCACUCCAAUGCUGCCAUCAGGAAAAUGGAGAAGAUGAACAAACUGCUGGAGGUCUAUGAGAGACUGGGGGGAGAGGAGGACAUUGUGAACCCAGCCAACGAACUCAUCAAGGAGGGACACAUCAAGAAGAUGUCUGCCAAGAAUGGGACGGCCCAGGACCGAUACCUCUACCUGUUUAAUAACAUGGUGCUGUACUGCGUUCCCAAGCUGAGGUUGAUGGGUCAGAAGUUCAGUGUGAGAGAGAGGAUCGACAUUGCAGGGAUGGAGAUCAGGAAGGAGGUUCAGGAGAAUGUGAAGCAGAAUCUCCCUCUGACGUUUGCCAUCAUCGGCAAGCAGCGCUCACUAGAGCUGCAGGCCAGCACGGCAGAGGAAAAGGAAGACUGGAUACAGGUGAUCCUGGCCACCAUAGAGAGACACAAGCAGAACAGUGAGACCUUUAACAAAGCCUUCAACAGCUCCUUCUCCAGGGAGGAAGACCACACGCCAGACUCACCGGGUCCCUGGAGCACCAUAUCCAUAGACUCAGACAGUGAAAGACUGCAUGAAAGGAGAAGUUCCAAGAAGAAGGAGAAGGAGAAGCAGGCAUGUAAAGGCUGCAACGAAAGCUUCAACUUCACCAAGCGCAAACACCACUGCAAAGCCUGUGGAGCGGCCAUCUGUGGUAAAUGCUCUAAGAUGUUGGAGAACAAGACGUGUCGACUGUGUCCUGAAUGCUUUGAGACGAGCCAAGUCCCUGAAGGGCCUGCAGGGGCCCCAGGAGAGAUGAAGAGGAAAGCUACAGCCGAGAAGCAGGUGUCUCCGUCUCUAUUGGGGGACAACUGUCUGCAGUGUGGCCAGCUGCAGGUGCAGGAGAAGGGCAAGAGCUGGACAAAAACCUGGGUGGCCGUCACCAAGACUGAACCUCUAGUGCUGUACCUGCAGACCAGCGGACAGGACUCUCGUGGGGUACGGGCCAUACCCCUCCCGGGGUUUGAGGUGAACAUGGCAGCGCCAUCGGCAACAGAGAAGUCAGAGCUCAAACACGCGUUCCGGCUGAGUAACUCCCAGCAGGCUCUGCUGUUCAGCGCCCAGGAUGCAGAGGUCCAGGACCAGUGGGUGGAGCUUCUCUCUAGAGCCGCCCGCGGGGAAACAACCACAGUCCCGCCCGUCAGCCUGACAGAGCACAGGAAGAGCCAAUAGGGAGGCUCCGUUGAGGCCACUGGACCCUCCCCCUCCUUCCCACCUCUCCUGUGGACAGAGCACACAUUACUUGAAUUCACUUUACCUUGGCACUUUUUUUUUUGUUUUGUUUUCUUUGAAGAGAGGGAAGAAUCAUCUCCUCUCCUGCCCUUGCCUCCACCAGACACACACACACACACACACACACACACACACACACACACACACAUUCACACACAGACUCGCUCUUUCCCUGGCUCUCUCGAUCUCUCUCACUUACACACAUACACAAGCACACACACAUACAUAUGCACACACACACACACACACACACACACACACACACACACUUGUGCCACCAGUCCGACACCGUUGUAUGCAUGGUUACGUUGUAUUUCUCUCAGUGUUCUCUGCAGUUCAAGAAGAACAGAAGACUCUUUGAUUUAAUAUGUGUUGUAUUAUAGCCGAAGGCAUUUAUAAGAUGAAUCCUGUAUGAUUUUAUAAAACAAUGACGUUUGUUGUACAUUAUGUGACUGUGUUGUGAAGCAUUAACCCCUGUUGGUCUGUCUGUCUGUCUACCUGUCUGUGUGUUCCUCCUGUGUUUUAUUUCACUAUUAAAUGUUAGCGUAUUGAACCCCAGACACAGACGCCACCUUUCCCCACCCCUGUGGUCCCUGUGGCCCCUGUGGUCCCAGUGGCCCCUGUGGUCCCAGUGGUCCCUGUGGCCCCUGUGGUCCCUGUGGUCCCUGUGGUCCCUGUGGCCCCUGUGGUCCCUGUGGCCCCUGUGGUCCCUGUGGUCCCUGUGGUCCCUGUGGUCCCAGUGGUCCCUGUGGUCCCUGUGGUCCCUGUGGUCCCUGUGGUCCCAGUGGUCCCUGUGGCCCCUGUGGUCCCUGUGGUCCCAGUGGUCCCUGUGGUCCCUGUGGCCCCUGUGGCCCCUGUGGUCCCUGUGGCCCCUGUGGUCCCAGUGGUCCCUGUGGCCCCUGUGGUCCCAGUGGUCCCUGUGGCCCCUGUGGUCCCUGUGGUCCCAGUGGUCCCUGUGGUCCCAGUGGUCCCUGUGGUCCCAGUGCCAGCUCAGUGGUGGUUGUACAGUAUGAAUACCAAAUUGUGUCAUUAGUAUAAAGAGAUCCAUUUAACUUAAGAGACGUGAACGAAUGCUUGUGGCUGGCCACCUGAUGCUCCCACUAUCAGCCCCCAACUCCUCACAGCCCUCCUACCAAACACUCCCACCCUCACCCCACUAUCAUCCCCCAACUCCUCACAGCCCUCCCCCAAACACUCCCACCUUCACCCCACUAUCAUCCCUCAACUCCUCACAGCCCUCCCCCAAACACUCCCACCCUCACCCCACUAUCAGCCCCCCAACUCCUCACAGCCCUCCCCCAAACCCUCCCACCCUCACCCCACUAUCAGCCCCCUAACUCCUCACAGCCAUCCCCCAAACACUCCCACCCUCAACUUACUAUCAUCCCCCAACUCAUCCCCCUGUCUCCUGGAUGGGCUCUUUCCCUCCCUCCUCUCACUAUAAACUCUGAAUAUACUAGAAUAUACUACCACUUCCUGUUUCUCCCUCUUACCUGCUUCGCCCCCAUCUGGUCAUGUGAUAGAAACCUUAGCAACGAUACAAGUACUGUACGAUUGUGCGUUCUGCCUUGCCCCCCUCUACCCCCAACCCCCUGGCACCAGCUUGUAAAGAACCAGAAGAUUGUUUAGUCAUCUCUAUGUGCAUGUAUAAACUUACUGAUAUUUAUAUACCGUGCUCUGAAAGCCCCAGCCCCUCUCUCCUCUGUAAAGUGAGCAGACUCAGUAUUGCGUGUUUUAACCCUGGGUUGUGCACAAUGGAUAAGUAGUCAACACAUCAUCAAUAAAGAUACAUAUGGCUCACUCAAUGUCAUACUGUCCAACA